AUGGGCUGUCGGGGUCCAGGGAAGCUUCUGGAGCAGCAGGAGCUCCCGGCCCGUGUGAACUUCUCAGCCGCCCCAGCCCCUGCGCCCGCGGUGCCCACCGCCCUGCACUCCAAGAUGGAUGAACUGGAGGGCCAGCUGCUGGCCAAGGUGCUGACCCUGGAGAAGGAGCGCAUGGCUUUGAGUCACAGCAGCCACCGGCAGCGGCAGGAAGUGGAGAAGGAGCUGGAUGCGCUACAGGACCGCGUAGCCGAACUGGAGCACGGGUCCUCAGCCUACAGCCCCCCAGAUGCCUUCAAGAUCAGCAUCCCCAUCCGCAACAACUACAUGUACGCCCGCGUGCGGAAGGCGCUGCCUGAGCUCUACGCCUUCACCGUCUGCAUGUGGCUGCGGUCCAGGUCGGGUGGCAAUGGCCAGGGCACACCCUUCUCCUACUCCGUGCCCGGGCAGGCCAAUGAGAUUGUGCUGCUGGAGGCGGGCCACGACCCCAUGGAACUGCUGAUCAAUGACAAGGUGGCCCAGCUGCCUCUGAGCCUGAAGGACAAUGGCUGGCACCACAUCUGCAUCUCCUGGACUACGAGGGACGGCCUGUGGUCUGCCUACCAGGAUGGGGAGCUGCAGGGCUCCGGUGAGAACCUGGCUGCCUGGCACCCCAUCAAGCCACAUGGAAUCCUUAUCCUGGGUCAGGAGCAGGAUGCCCUGGGUGGCCGGUUUGACGCCACUCAGGCCUUCGUGGGUGACAUCGCCCAGUUUAACCUGUGGGACCACGCCCUGACACCUGCCCAGGUCCUGGGCAUUGCCAACUGUACCGGGCCACUGCUGGGCAACGUCCUUCCCUGGGAAGACAAGCUGGUGGAGGCCUUCGGGGGUGCAAAAAAGGCUAACUUUGAUGUCUGCAAGGGGAGGGCCAAGGCAUGAGGGGCCACCUCAUCCAGGGUCCCUCCCUUGCCUGCCAUUUUGGGGACCUUAUUUUGGGGGCACACAUUCCCUCCUCAGCCUACCCACACACUGCCCCCCCUCCUGCCCUGCUCCUGGCCGUGCCUCCUGUUUCCCCCACCUAUACCUACACCUCCAGAAUGCCCUGCCCUGCUAUGGCUGUCCCCUAACCCCACUUGGACGGGGACAAGCAGCUCAAGCCAACAGGUCAAGCCUGGGGUGAGUCCAGGACCUGGUGGAGGGUGGUAACAGUGCCCACAGCUCUGUCGGCUCUCUUGGCAUUAGACUAGAGCUGUCUCUUACCCCCACCCACCCUGGCCCAUCAGCCAUGUCUGAUUCCACUGAUCUCAACAGCACAUCCCACCGGGUUGAGGGGGGGGGGCGGGAAGGGCCUGCUAUCUCAGUGCUCCUGUCCCCCAUGCAACAGGCCUGGCCCCACCCCCUUCAGGGCCACAAUAAGCUCUAGAGCUGUCCCCUCAGCCUAGAAGGGCAUGACAGAGACAUAGGAGACUCAGACUCACCCCUCCUCCAUCUUUCCACCAGUUGCCCCUGAAGGGACAAUGGGAUCUUGAUGGAGCCUCCCGAACCCUCUCUUCUUCCUCUUUCCUUGUUUCUUUGUGUGCAGUGGUUUGAAUGUUGGUUCCACGCCUGGCCCACCCCCACCUCAAUUUCCAGGACAUUCUCUUCCCGGCUCCAGCCUGAGGGAUCAAGACCCUAGGAGGCCAAAAGGCCAUAGUCACCCCUUGUGCUCGCCCACAUGUGUGCUAAGUGGCAGGUCCCCUCUCCUCCUCCGUGCCCAGGACAGGACCUGGGCCACUUCAGCCUGGCCUAGGAGCAGCUCGAGGCAGAGGCACUGCGCCCUGGGCCCCAGGCUAUGGCAGAGUCGCAUUACCUAGCCCUUCUGCAUGGCCCUGCAGCCUCUGGGGGAAGGAAGGCAGGAAGGAACUGAGCAGGCAAAGAGGGGAGAAGGGUGGAGUGGUGUGCAGAGCGCUGGAUGAGAAGGAGGAACCCAUGGUUCCUAGCCAGCCCCGCUGCUAACCUGCU